AUGGAAAGGGGUCAAAAAGAUGAAAUUAAUGAUGGAGAUUUUAGUGGUUUCGAUGGGAAUGUUGAAAUUGGCGAUAAAGAUAGUGGUGGUUUUGAUUUGUGGUUAUUCAAUGUUUUUAAUGGGAAGGGGAUAUUAAGCAUAGCUUCUGUAUUGUAUGGUGAUUUGUGUUUAUUUAGUGUUGUACUGGUGGUACUGGAUGUUGUUGUAGUGGUGGUGGUGAUUGUGGCAGGUGUAGUUGCAGUGAAGAUGCUAAGAUGGAAAAGAGCGACGUUCACGAAGUUGUCCUUGUUGGUGGGUCCAUCAGAAUUCCACAUUAAGGUUCAAUCUCUUUUGCAAGAUUUCUUUAACGAGAAGGAAGUAUGCAAGAGUAUCAACCCUGAUAAGGUUGUGGCUUAUGGUGCCACUGUGCAAGAUGCUAUUUUAAGUGGCGAAAGAAAUGAGAACGUAUUGAACUUAGGGGUGGUGGAUGUUACCCCUCUUUCUCUUGGUGGUGAGACAGCUGGAGGUGUAUGA